GAGGAGGAGCAAAGCGGGCUUUGAAAGGCGAAGUCCGGACGCGGCUCCACCUUAACCACCCCAAUCCGAGCCCGCCAGGCCUCCCUCUCUCCACACAGGGACGGAGUCUCCCCUCGACUGUCCGCUCUUUCUUUCACUCGUGCGAAACCCACCCACCCCCCCCCCCCCAAUAUUUUUUUUUUUGGUUGUUGUUGUCCGCCAGCGACCACCAUGGUGGCAUCCGGCGGUCCCAGCACGGGCCAGACCUGCGGGCUCGUCCUGAUUUUCGCCGUCCUCUUGCAAUCCAUCUGCGUGGCGAUCACUUUCCUUUAUUUCACCAACGAGCUGCAACAGCUCCGAGACACCUACGCAAAGAGUAGCUUCGCUUGCUUCACCAGAGAAAAUUUUUUCCUAGAAGAUAUGGAUCCAAAUGAUAAAGAAGAUGGCGAUCCCUGCUGGGAGGUCAAAUGGCAGCUGUCGAGGCUCAUUAAAAAGAUGGUGGCCAAGAGUCGUGCAGAAGAAGGAACAUCAGCUUCAACACAAGACAAUAUUUCUCUAGAUACCAUUGCAAGAGACGUACCUAGGAACUCCCGAGUCGCAGCUCAUCUCACCUCAAGCAGAAGUGCAAGGAGAGCUUUAUUUGUACAAAGUACCCCUAUGAGAAACAAUUUGGGAUUUAAAAUAAUCUCUUGGCAAUCUUCAGUGUACCCUUCCUUUCUUCACAAUAUAUUGCUGAGAAAUGGAGAACUUGAAAUACAGCAACCUGGAUUUUAUUACAUUUAUGCACAGACUUAUUUUCGUUUCCGGGAAUCGGAAAGUGUUGAACCCAAUGCAGAUCCUGACUCAGAGAGCAUUAGGAAUCCAAAGCAGAUGGUUCAGUACAUUUCCAAAUUUACAGAUUUUUACCCAGAAGCCAUCCUGCUAAUGAAAAGUGCAAGAAGCAGUUGUUGGUCUAAAAAUGCAGAAUAUGGAUUGUAUUCCAUAUACCAGGGUGGAGUGUUUCAGUUAAAAAGAAACGAUAAGAUUUUUGUCUCCAUCAGCUAUGUAGAAUUGGUGGACAUGGAUAAAGAAGCCAGCUUCUUUGGAGCCUUCCUGGUCUCUUAAACAAAGAUGAGAGAAUAAUUAGACAUCCAUAAAGAAGUUGUGGAAGACCUGAAAGAUUCUGCCUUCGAAGUACAGUAAGAAGUAGUUGCACUAUCCACAGAAUUGGAUGAAGUAUUUUAGUUCCUCUGUUAAGCACCACUGAGACCAGUUCAAGGUCCCAUUAUCCAAAUUCCACAACGAAUGUUUGGCACGCUACAGAUAACAAGACAUGCUAACAAGCUGCUGUGGGUCCGUGAACAAUCUUCCAGGGAUUUGGGGGUUUUUUUGGUUUCGAACAGGAAAGUUGCAUUUGAUUUGUUUCAGCAAAUUUCUGUUGAUCAGAUUAUGCAUGGAAUCCAUGCACCUAAAAAGACGCAUUACAAGUGAUUUCAACCUGUACUGUCGUGUGGGUAGUUGUCACCCUGCUGUGGGUUGCAUUUGCUGAACCGACUCUGACAACAGAGUGUAAAGGAUAAAGCAAAAUAGAUUCCCUAAAUUAAGACUGUUUCCUUUUUUUUCACAUCAGAAAAGUGAUGUUCAGAAUAGCCCCUAUCCAGAAAGGUAGCAUCUCUGAUCGCAAGAGAAGAAAAAUCCCAUAUUGGAAAGCUGCAUCCUAAACUCGCUUCCAUCAAGGGGAACAUUCAUAUACCUGCACCCCCUUCAUGCAGCUUGAAAUGGUACAGUCCUGAGUAGGCUGUACCAGGCAAUAACUCCAAACAAGCUGUUCCUUUUGUGAGAAUGAAAAAUGUGAAUCCCAUUUGGAAAGAACCGGAUUUGCUUCAUGUUCCAAUUGGGCCAAAUGGAUAAAGAGUCAGAUUACUCUGAGGCUGGAAACAGGCUUCAGAUUAAUUGCGUAUCUCCUUUUAAUGCAGGAACAUUUUUUUGUAUGAAAAGAUUUAUUUUUAAGGUUUGUAUUUUUUUUUUUAAAAAAGAAAAGAAAAUAGCAUGCUAACAAAACCAGGACAGUCAAAGCAAUUAUUUUUUGCAAAGGUCCAGAUGCAGUAAAAUACAGACUGAAGUGAGGGAUGUAAUUUGGAUGAGCCAGAGUGAAUCAAUAAAUGGUGUCUUUUGUUCUUGUGAGAAUUAGCGUUAUCUUCUGUAGACCACUGCUGAAGACACUUUAAAAAAAAAAAGUAAGUAACUUAAUUGCUGUAAAAGCAGUUAAAUGUUUCUGAGAGUUUACUGUUUUAUUCCACAAAGGUAAGUGACGGUUAAAGAAACUCACACUUUAUUUAGAACUGGAAUCACAUAACUGUUCAAUGCUGGGUAAAAAUCAAUUUAUUUCUGUAAUGCCAAAUAGUACCAGGUUGGUAUUUAGUAGCAUUCACCAUGUAGCAAUAUUGUUAUUGAAAUUGCUAUGAAAAUCUUCACCUGUAGCAUAUUUUUUUGCAUUGUGAUUGACAAAAGAGUUGCCAAUUGUUUCUCCAGCUUUUACAGCACACCACUUUGAUGUAUACAGCUUAGCGAAUACCAUUUUUCAUGGCUCUUGUUAUGAAACCCUCUUUGCAGUUAUUGAUGUGGUUUUUCAUGUGAUCCAUUAGCUCAACUCCUCUAAGGGCUUCCUAUCUCUUUUUCGCGUAGCCUAGAAGGAAAAUCCCACCCUAACUACAAUUUUGCACAAUGGGAUCAUUGUAGCCUUGUUCACAUAUGUUAAAAAAAAAAAGAGAUAGAAAUGUAGACAAACUGCUACUGCAGAAGGAAAAUCCCACCAUAACUACAGUUUUGGACAAUGUAUCCAAUUCUACCCUAAUAUUGUUGGCAGCAUAUGUUUAACAGAUGGAUAGAAACAUAGACCAACUGCAUCUUCAGAAGAAAUUUUUUCCGAAAUGCUUUUUAAGUAAAUGCAAAGAGAUGCUGAAGUUACAUGCUGUGUCAAAUGUUGAGGUGUAUAUAGGUAGCAUUGACAUUAAUGUGAUAACCCAUUUUAGAAUCGUCACCCUUUGUUCACACCAGUGUAAAAACAUACAAUCUUAAUUCUGAGCGGAGCCAAUCCAGUUUGAUGGUCUCCAGUUUGGGAUGCCAAGUCCAAGGGGUCUGACUAAGAGCUCCCUGGAAACUGUGUUGAAAUAAUAUUGGGAGAUUUUGCGUGGUUAGUAGCAAGUAUGUAAAAACAUGGCCGCCCUCAUACCUCAACUGUCAUACUCAUGGUGAUAUCCGAGAAGAAAGAAUUGGAAAGGUCUGGAAAUAAAGACUCUACGACCUAUUCCUGUGAAUUUAGCAAAUCUGAGGGACAAAAAUCUGAAUGACCAUUAAUGGGUAGCAAAACUCUUUUAGGACAGUUUAAAUUUUGCAGCCCAAAUAUGGUUGGUUAUACUGUGAAGCAAAGCACCGAUUUAGCUAGAUAGUUCCAUCUUUAUUAAAAUUGGUUUAUCAAAUGGAUACAGGCAAUGUGAUAGCAAGCUCUUGACCAUCCUUUGGGUUUUUUUAAAGCAGUAGUAUGGAUAUCAAAAAUACUGUCAUGUGUGGUAUAUAUAUAUAUAUAUAUAUAUAUAAUUAAAAAAUGGGCUUUUUCUGACUGCCUCAAGUUUCUGACUGACCUGUCAGAAGAAACAGAAUACUUAAGCAGGAAAAAAGGAGAUCGCCAAACUCUUUUUGGCUAGUCACUUUUAAUAUGAACUGUAACCAGGGCAAUCGUUUACAGGCAGGCAAGUCUAGACCACCAAUAGAUGGUGUCAAAACCCACCACAUCAUUGUGUCUCCUUGCUGCCAUCUUGUGGUUCUUUUAGUUUUUGCAGCUGAUCAUAUGUAAUGGUUUAUUAGAGAUAAAUCACAUCCACACACAGACUUCAAAAAUUAAAAGGCAAUGAAAAAAGUUAAGAAGCUUAAAAACAAGCAUGAUCCCUUUUUGCACAUGAUACAAAAUGCUUAUAACAAUGUUUAUCUGUGAUGGAGCUCUUCAGCAGGCUUGAAAAUGCAACCAAUCAGAAAGUGAUUCAAUUCUUGUAUAUUUUCUUUUUUAAGUGUGAAAUUUACUGAUGUUUUGUACUUUCAUUUUUAAUAAAAAAAAUUCCCAAUUAA